AUGGAAUUGAGAUGUAUAAUCGUGCAACAUUUAUCUGAAAGUUUGAUUAUUGAGGCUGUAGAUAAGGACUGUGCUACACGUGCAACUUUACUGAAUUACUUGAUAUACGUUAUGAACACGGAAGUGGGUAGAUUAAAUGCGUACAAAGAAAAAACUAAAGUUGAUGGUGAAGAGCUAGUACUCAAUGUCUUUCCAAAACGUGUAUUUGAAAUGGAAGACAUAUUAGCGUCGGAUAUGUUUUUUCUAGAGGGAAAGUAUGUCCAUUCUGAUGUGAAUAUACCUUAUCCUAUUAAUCCACAUAAUUCGUUGCAUCCUGGUGAUGAUAUGGAUUCUGGUUUAACCAAUGCUACAGAUAAACUGACCAAUGAUAAACAACAGUUUCCUAGUAAAGGUUCUUUUGUCUACUCCUUACCAAAUGGUUCUGUGUCAUAUAAUAAACAUAUCAAAGCUAUGAUAGAGGUCAGUGUCUAUUUUGAUGAAUUUGACGUUUAAAAUAUGAUACUCCCUGGUAAUGUUUCAGACAGUUGUUUCUUUUUGACAAACUACACUCUGUCGCUAUUUGUUAUAUCUCAUGUAUAUCUGCUUGAUUUAAUUAAAAAGGAAAUAAGCCUAGUCAAUAUAAUCAGAUACGCAUAUAGGGUUUAGUUAUGUUGAAUAUCACUUUACAUCAUCACCAUAAUAGUAAAUGAAAACAAUGACGUGAAAAGAAUCAUGGGGUCAGUAGUCGUUAAAGUUUAAAAACACAAAAACUGAGUGAUGAAGUACAUCGGUCUGAAGAUUCGAAGAAGUGAAACGUGGCUAAAUUUUCAUCAAUAUGUCCGAUUUUGCUGAAUAUCGGCAAAAAUCCUUUGCUACGGAUUACAAUUAUCUCGUUGUGUUGAAUAUGAAUGGGAUCUCUAAACAAAACUUAUGAGAAACCAAUUCAACAUCGUUUGGAGGUGAAUUCAAGGUUAAAUUUCAAUACAUUUUCAUUACAUUAAUUAUAGACUUUGACAAAUGAUUAAUUAAUUUAUUUUGUGAAGAAUUUAAUCACAUAUUAUCAUCAUUAACAUUGAUGAAUAAAGUAGUAGAAGCUAUAAGAAUAUCGACAAUAUCAUUUUUCCAUUGUCAGCGUUUAUUAAAAUAAUAUUUUUAUUUAAAGUCCAUUUGAUUUUCUAGGUCAACUUUCCAAAAUUUUAGAUAACACUGAGACGUUCAAUUAAAUUUAUCAACUCAUAAUAGGGUCCUACACUUUUUCAACACAUUUUUAAUUUCUUUUAACUGACAAUAAAUUUACAUGAUUUCCAAUGUAAAGGGAAAAUUUCAUUUUGAAACUAAUAAUGGAUAAAGGCAUAUAAAACUAUUUAAUAUUAAUAAUCAUCUUAUGAGAAAUACUACCGCCGGAAUAAAAGUAAAUAUGGAAUGGUUUGGUUUUUUGAAAAAGACUUCUGUCACAAGGAUGCUAAACAAAUAUUGUUAAUUUAAAAGUUAUUUUCCAUCUGAAAUCGAUACCGGUAGAACUGUAUUUUAUAACUUGAAAAAGUUGGCUUAUAAUUCAUAUUUGAACUUCGUUUCCUUGUACAGGACCUAGUGUCAGGGCAUUUGAUCGCUUUAUCAGUAAAUAAACAUUGUAUUCAGUUUUUUAAAAAAAACUGUAUUUUAUCAAUCUGCACCUAUCCAUUACGGAUUUUAAACUACUUUGCCAGUUGUUUAUUUCAAUGGAAAAUAUCAGCUACUCUGUAAAAUGUAAGAUACAUUAAGAUUCAGUAAGAUUCAUUAAAAAAAUAUCUAUUACUGCAUGCAUUCAAAUGACUCAAGAGCAGAUUAAAGCACGUGUUUUGUAUCUGUGUUUCAAAUUGUUCACCUGAACGAUAAUGACGGGUAAACUUACCCCCAUUUUCAGUAGUUCUAAUUCUAUAUAUAUUUAUUUACUAAGCUAAAAAAGCUCAACUUCAACUUAAUUGUCAAUGAGUGAGACUUCUUAUCUGCUAGGUAGUGACAAAAUCCAAGUUUUGUUCAGAAAAUUUAUUCUAUCAACUAAAAGAAAGAUUAUAUAGCAGACAACUUGAGUGUACAUAUUUAUCUGCAACCCUAUAGGGCUAGUGUAACAAAAUUGCAUCCUACAUCAUAAACAAACAACUAGGGUAACAUCUUCCCUUUAAGUGAGACAAACGAGAAAGGCGAUAAAUUCAAAUUCACAUUAACUAAACUACAGGAGGGUAAAGUUUACAAGUUAUUUCGGAGAUCCAUCAUUACCCAACAGUGUCAUGGAUAUUAUUCUCUACACAAUUGAGACAUUUACGUUUUGAUUUUUAAAAAAUCGUAAGUUUCUAGCGGUUCAACUGUGGACUGUGAUUUAUAGUGACAUGAAACUUUUAUGGCAUCCCACUAUAAUUCUUUAUUUAAUUCCUUCACAUUUCAGUGAUUGUAUCGUUCUUAGUUCUUAUUUUUCUACCUACAAGUAAGACCUUUAAUCAUGAGUAACGUAGAAGUUUUAUGCCAAUGGUUUCAUACUCAGAUUUGUUAGAUAUUUUUUUCACAGAUUGAAAUCAUGAGUCAGUUGAAGCUAGACCACCAUUGAAAACCUGGAAGCACUGGACGGCCGUUUCAUCCUAGUAUGGGACUCCUCAGCAGUGCGCAUCCACGAUCCCGCACCACGCAGGGCUCGAACCCAGGACCUACUGGCUUCGCGCGCGAGCACUUAACCAUUAGACCACUGAGCCGGCAUCCAACGGUGUUACUGUCUAACUUCAACCAAUCCACAAAGUCGCGCCACCAUAUACCAUUGUCUUCAGUGAGCUGAUAUCUCACAACAGACCUGGUUGUACUCCACUGGUAACGGCUUCCCACUAGAACUCCAGGAGUAUCUCUUGAAGUCAGUCACUAGUGAGCAGAUGAUUAUUAUCAGAAGGGGUUUGUGGAGAUUUUACAAAUUUCAAUAUAUCUUUCAACCAAUAAGUCUGUAAAACACUUAUGCUUUAGGCUAACAUCAGAGAUUCAAAGCUCAUGAAAUGAAUUUAAUAUUUAAUCUAACUAACCAGUUUUUAUCAUACUUCUACUUUCUAAGAAAACUAAACCAUGUUUAACUCAACUUAUGAUUGAAGCUCAACUUGUUCGUUUAUGGGUUCAAUUUAAUAUACCACGAAUUGAAGAUGGAAAUAAUUUUGGUGUAGGAAUACAAGAAGAGAUUUUAGGUGAAGCAUCGGUAUCGAGAGGGAUGCAUGUACUUUCUUGGAUCAAGUCACAAGGUUUGUUUAUAUUCCCUACUUUUUCAAUUCUCCCAUAUAUAUGUAAAGGGGUUUUCUGGAGAUUGGUUUAAUUUGUAGGUAGUAUUUGUUACAGAUUGAGUACAGUUGGGAUACAAGACAGCUGUUUCGUCCUAGUAUGGGCCCCUCAGUCGUGUGCACUCACAACACCCCGAGAAUCAAACUCAGGAUCUUCAGGCUUUGUGGCGAACGUUCAACCAUUAGGACCACUGGGUCAACAUCCAGUGGUACAUUUCUAGCCUCAAUCAAUAUAUCAUAUAGCAUGACGAUUGUCUAAUGAUGUUGGUAACACCGUCAUUCCAGAUAUGUUUGAACCUCACUACUCACAAAUCCUCACUAAACUCCGGGAAUGUUUUGAAGUAAGUCACUGGUGAGCUGACUGUUAUAGUUUGUUCAAAAUGGAUUUGUGGAGAUCAGUUAAAUUUGUAGGUAGUAUUGGUCACAGAUUGAUCUGAUUUUGGGUACUUCUGAAAGCUAGAGAGGAUUGAACAAAAUUUUCGUCCCGGUUUGAGGUAGUGCUCACUCAUGACUACACAAAGGAUCAAUCCUCAGAUUAGCAUUGUCUAGAUCGGUUUGUUAUCAUUGCUAUCUGCAAAUAUAUACAUAUAUGUAGUGUGAGUGAUUGUCAUGGAGUGGUUUCGGCUGGAAAGGUAUUCUAAACAAGGCAGUGGUGCACAGCUGUUUCAUCCUGACUACUAGUAUCCCACAGUAGUGCACACUUGCGAUCCAACCCAUCACUCCGUGAUAAAGCAAAUCUCCUCAGAUGAUCAGGCUGUAUAUUUAUACACUCGAUUUAUAGGUUAUAUUUAUUCAUUACAUGUUGAGAAUAUGAAAUUGGGUUUCCUUCCUCGUUUAUAGACUUCUUGCUUUUGGUUGUUGGAAAUAUUUCAAUGAUGCUGAUAUAAGAGGCAAUAACAAACUAACCUACUCAUUAAAAAUCUUAGAAAAGUCUCUUCUUUAAAACCACUGUUUUCCUUUAGAAAUUCCAUUUUAUUCUUGCCUUGUUCGAAAUAAGCGUUUAAUAUCUCAUGAAAACUGACGCUUCUUCUAUGAUCUAGUUUUAAAGCAUAUUUAUAUGUUGAAAACUGGAUGAUGGAGUAGUUUUAUUUGCUCUCAUAUAUUAAAGGUACGACUCAAAGCCUCGAGUUAUAUAUAAAUAUGUACGUGAUUAAUGAGUUUAUUACAUUAAUCAGACAUUAGUUAACUUUCUUAUGAAUAAUAAUCCUUUAUAUAACGGGGUGAUUAAUAGAAAAUCUGAACUUUCGGAGAUGUCUUAUCUGAAGCUAUUGCUUUGAUUUUUGCUCUUGAGUUACUAAAUGCUUAAAUUAUUGUAUUUUUAUGUUUUUCUGCUUGUAAGCUUUUUCCUAAUUCAUAAACUGUUACUAUGUGCUGGAAAAUGGCCUGAGAACAAUGGACCAAUGGGAGCUAAGGUUAACGGUGCAGGCUGUAGAAUAAGUAUUGGAUACAAAAUAGUAAAAACUAUUGUUAGAAUUGUGAUCAGUGAUUUUGACAUAGGGUACCAAUCAACGUACUCAAGCCAUAACAGUAUUCAGUUGAUAUUUAUGCUUUGUUUCAAUCAUAUCACUCUAACACAGGAUACAGAAUUGUUUUCUUAUUCAGGUAGUUUUUUUUCAACUUGUAUUUACUUCUGUGCUUAUUGAUACUUGAAUCUUAUUUCCUCUGUUUUAUCCCUUAUACACAGAUAUUAUGCCUCAAGAGGGAAAUUAGUGGGUAAAGUAGCAAAAUAUCCUCAUAUUGAAGACUAUCGUGAAUGUAUCCGUGAUAUGGAUGAGAAACAAGCAAUAACAAUGCGAUAUAUUAUCAUGGAAAUUCGUAAUCACUAUGCCACCUUGCAUGAUAUAAUAAUAAAAAAUCUGGAUCGUAUAAAAAUGCCUCGUUCCAAUAAUGCGAUCAAUAUGUACUAAUUGACGAAACCCAGAUUUAGUUAUGUGUUUGCUCACAUUAUGAGAUUUUGAUUGUAUGUAAAUACAUACGUUUGAAACGUAUUUGAAAGCUUUUGUUUCUAUAUGCUGUUUCUGCUUGCGAUCUUUAUUUGUAACCUGAAACGAUGAUCAUACACACGUAUUUAUACAACUUGUAAGACGAAGGCAGUUUCAGCAUUUAACAUUUCCGUUUGCAUAUCAAUUCUAACAAACCGUCUCAUUCUUCAAGUUUCGUAAAAUCGCUUUUCACUAAUAAAUAAUUCACUUACA